GACGGCGCCCCGCGCGGGAGGAGGGUCAGGACCGAGUCCCAGGGCCCAGGCCUGCGCUCAGGGCUCCGCAGGGGACAGAGUCUGGGGGGCAGCUCCGUGGUGGGGACCCGCCAGCACCUGUGUUUCACUUCUCUCCCAACCUGUGUCUGCGCCUCCUUCCUGGAGACUCGUGACGCGGUCCAAUUUCUCACUCCCAUUGGCCGAGUGGGUUCCAGAGCAGCCAAUCAGCGUCCCCGCGGCUCCCGGUUAUAACUCCUCCGCGGAAGUGCCGGGACUCAGAUCUUCCCCUCCGACGCCGAGGAUGCGGAUCUGGAGGCCACUCGCCUUCCUCCUGCUGCUCUCGGGGGCGCGGGUCGUGACCCCCAGCUGGGCCGGCCCCCACUCCCUGAGGUAUUUCAGCACCGCCGUGUCCCGGCCCGGCCGCGGGGAGCCCCGGUACCUCGAAGUCGGCUACGUGGACGACACGCAGUUCGUGCGGUUCGACAGCGACGCCCCGAAUCCGAGGGCGGAACCGCGGGCGCCGUGGAUGCAGCAGCCGUGGGUGGAGGAGGAGGACCCGGGGUAUUGGGACCGGGAGACGCUGAGGGCCAAGGGAACCGCACAGACUUACCGAGUGGGACUGAAGAACCUGCGCGGCUACUACAACCAGAGCGAGGACGGGUCUCACACCUUCCAGUGGAUGUAUGGCUGCGACCUGGGACCCGAUGGGCGCCUCCUCCACGGGUACAGUCAGUGGGCCUACGACGGCGCCGACUACAUCGCCCUGAACGAGGACCUGGCCUCCUGGACCGCGGCCGACGUGGCGGCUCAGAUCACCAAGCGCAAGUGGGAGGCGGCCGGUGUGGCAGAGCAAAGGAGGAGCUACCUGGAGGGCCUGUGUGUGGAGUCGCUCCGCCUUUACCUGGACAAAGGGAAGGAGACCCUGCAGCGCGCAGACCCUCCAAAGGCACACGUGACCCACCACCCCGUCUCUGCCCAUGAGGUCACCCUGAGGUGCUGGGCGCUGGGCUUCUACCCUGCGGACAUCAGCCUGACCUGGCAGCGUGACGGGGAGGACCAGACCCAGGACAUGGAGCUGGUGGAGACCAGGCCUGCGGGGGACGGCACCUUCCAGAAGUGGGCGGCCGUGGGGGUGCCCCCUGGAGAGGAGCAGAGAUACACGUGCCAUGUGCAGCACGAGGGGCUGCCCGCGCCCCUGACCCUGAGAUGGGAGCCGCCUUCUCACACCUUCAUCAUCAUCAUCAUGGGCAUAGCUGGGGGCCUGGUUCUGCUGGGAGCUGUGGCUGGAGCUGUGAUGUGGGGGAGGAGGCACUCAGGUGGGAAAGGAUGGAGCUACGUUCAGGCUGCCAGCAGUGACAGCGCCCAGGGCUCUGAUGUGUCUCUCUCGGCUUGUAAAGCGUGAGGCCGCUGCCUUGUGGGGACUGAGUGAUGGAAGAUGUGUUCACGCUCCCACUUCCUGACUCAAGAACCUCUGAUUGGGGGGCUGGCCUGCUCUGCUCCCCACACUUUCCUGUCAGCAGAGUUGGGCUGGGCCCUCCCUAUCGCUGCCUUUACUCCCUGCUGCUCUGAGCUGCCACUUCCUGCUCCAUAUUGAAAUGAGACUCUGAUGUGACUUUGUUCAUUGCUUGCCAUGGAGCGUUGAUGGAUUAAUUAAAGGAGAAGAUUCUAAAGUUUGAGAGGAAAUGGAUGGAAGCACUGAGAACUUUCCAGAAGCCAUGUGUUUGCAGUGCUGAGCCUGUCCCCGGUGGGACAGGAGGGGCUGUGAGGACUGAGUGUUGUCGGGGCCUGUGCAUGGUCAGUGGUCAGUGCUCAGUGCAUCGUGGGCUUUGACGACACUCCUCAUCUGGGUCACCUCUCUGCUCCUCUGACCUUGUCCCUCAGUGGAACCCUGUCCCACCAGGACCUGUGGUCACAGGGAAUCAGGCCUCCCCCAGGCCUUGUCACGUGUCCUAAUGCAUCAUCGACGCCUGGACAGCGACGCCUUCCUGGGCAGGUCAGCCUGAGCUCAAGCCAGGGUCCCGCCCUCUGCCCUCAUCUGCUGGGUGUUUUUAUUUCUAUUUUUUUUUUUUGGUGGACAGUCUGCCUGUUCCUGCUUCUGUGUGAGAGCUUUGGUCUCACUGUCUGGGUGUCCCCAUCUUAUAGCCACUGGAGCCAUUUUGCCCGUCAUUGUCCCACAGGCCCAGGGCUCCCUGCACACAGGACCCCGCGGUGUGGAGAGAUGGGUGUUCAGGCUCCUCCUGCUCCUGCCUCCUUCUAGGGCCCUGUUCUCCCCUGUCAGCCCCUCCCUGCUGCUCCAGAGGGGUCCUGGAACUCCUGGGUUCGUGAAAUCACAUUUGAGAUGAUAAAUAUGCAGACAUCAUCAAUCAUGAUCCUUAUUCGGUAAUCAUUUCAUCAAUACCAUUUAUCAUGUUAAAUCCCCAACAAUCAAUGUGAAAUGAAUGCUGCCCUGUGAGAUGUUAAAGUCAGUUCCUAAUCUAAGGAGGUUAAUAAAGUUACAUGGAAAUUAUUCAGGAAAUACGUUUUCCCUUUGAGCAGUGCAGCUGUUGAAAGAAGUCUCUCUUUUUUAAGGAAUAUUGAAGAUUUUAUGUAAAUUUAAUCUCAGGGUGGAUAUGAGCAAUACCCGCCUUCCAUGGGCACAGUUCUGAUGUUGGACUUGGGUCACAUCACUCCUGCGAGAGUGGAAAUGUCAUUUUCUAGAAGAAGAUAAACACAUUGGAGAAUGAA